AUGUAUUUCUCAACAUCCAUAAGGUUUUGUGUUGCAUACUGCUUUUUAGCCUCCCUGCUUUCUGCCUAUUGUGCAGAGGAGUUGCCAUCGCCCUUUGUCGCCGAAAAUCAAACGAUCCCGUCUGUGAUAACAAACUAUGCGGCGCUGGGGGACAGCUAUGCCGCCGGAAUCGCCGCCGGCAAACAAAUUCAUCGUUCCUGCUGGCGGUUUAGAGAUAGCUAUCCCAUGCAAUUGAUCCGCACAGGCGUUCUCGGACAAAACCACUCCUUCCAGUUCCUCGCCUGCUCGGGAGCCGUCAUGGGUAUACCGGGCACUUCCUUCAACAAGCAAAGGGCCAUCGCUAGGCAGAUCAAGGCUCUGAAACCUACAGAUCUAGUCACGUUGUCGAUUGGGGGUAACGAUGCUGGUUUCUUUGAUAUCCUCAACGCAUGCAUUUAUCGCUUCUACGGCAUCAGGUCGGGAAAUUGUAUUGAGCAGCUGAGCAAAUCGCUGAAACUCAUCGAUAGUGACGAGUUCGCGCAAACGUAUGAUAAGGUGUUAGCUGAACUGUUGGCCAAAGGGGCUGGCCCGCACUUUCGCAUCCUUGCCCUUGGAUACAGUCCCUUCUUCGAUGACGCCCUUACCGAUGAAUGCAAUAAUAUGUCCUUCGGAUACUGGAAAAUGUGGCGGCCAAAGCUUACGGUGCGACUGCGGAGACAACUAAAUGAUGUAUCCCUCCAUCUGAACAAGAGAAUAGUUGAGAUCAUCAACGAAAGGGGGGAUGAUAGAAUUGUCUGGGUUGACUGGGCACCUCAGUUCAAGAAUCAUCUCUUCUGCCAACCGGGUAAAUCGACGCCGACUGAUGGGGAUAACACAUGGUUUUUCGAUGUUGAUUUCCGCUCCGCCAACCUGACUCGUGACGAUGCCCUCGAUCCGGGCUUCGACCCGGACAUGGACUUGGACAAGUGUGCGCAACAGUCGUUGGAUUCGGGCGACUGGGGCUACCGGGCUGCCUGUGGGAUUGCUAUGGUGCAACAUAAGCAAGAUUUGGAAUAUCCACACGACGGUAAUGACAGCGGCGACGACGAUGACAAAAAUGGUCUUUCUAUCAAUCGCUAUCCCAACCAACCAGGUCUGGCACGCGUCUUCCAUCCCAAACCGCAAGGGUAUAAGGCUGUUGCGGAGGUAAUACAGAGUUAUUGCCCUCAUGCAUCGUCAGAGCCUAGAUUAGAGGAUGAAAACGAUGUAGACUGA